GGUGCCCAGGGUCCUCAAGGAUAUCCUGGGGAACUUGGACCACAGGGCCUUCCGGGAGCUUCAGGCAUGCCAGGGAAAGCAGGACCUCCUGGACCUAAGGGUCUUAUGGGACUGAAAGUAAUAGGAACCAAAGGAAGAAAGGGUGACACUGGUUUAACUGGACCCCCUGGACCACCAGGAACUGUUAUAGUGACAUUAAGUGGACCAGACAACAUAACGGACUUGAAAGGAGAGAAGGGAGAAAAAGGAUCAAGAGGACUUCCAGGGCCAAUGGGGUUUACAGGGCCAGUUGGUGAUUCUCAAAGUGAAAAAGGUGACCGAGGAGAACCUGGAGCACAGGGUAAACCUGGAAAAGAAGGUGCUCCAGGUCCACCUGGCUUACCGGGACAAAAUGGUGAACAGGGCAAACCAGGACUGGCUGGCAGGCAAGGAGCUAAGGUACUGUCUAGUAGUUUUUUUGUUGCUUUUAAAGAUGAGGAUAAGGGGAUGAAAGGAAACACUGGUCCACCUGGAGCUCGUGGUCGAACAGAGUAUUAUGAUUAUGUAGUUGGUGAAAAAGGAGAUGAAGGACCUCCUGGGCCUCCAGGACCAAAAGGUCAACGUGGCAUGCCCGGGCCACAGGGUCCUCCCGGAGAUUUUGGUAGACCAGGUGUGUCAAGACCUGGUCUGAGAGGUCCCCCAGGGUUUCCUGGGCCGAAAGGAACAAAAGGAGAGAAAGGACAAACUGGCUUGUGUAUUGUAGGCCCUCCAGGACUACCUGGUAUUACUGGCAGACCUGGUUCUGUUGGAUUACCAGGUCCUCCAGGAGAACCAGGUAAAGUAACAUUUAGAACAGGCCCACCAGGACUUCCUGGAGAGCCAGGGUAUACAGGACCUCCAGGACCUCCAGGAGAUAUGGGCAUGAAAGGUGAUGAAGCUUUCGUCUGUACUGAUUGCAGCUAUAUUCUGGGAAUACCUGGUCUUCCUGGUUCUCCUGGGCCACAUGGCCAAGAUGGCAUGCCUGGUAGAGAAGGAACAACAGGUCCAAAAGGUUCUCCGGGUUCUCCAGGAGCACCAGGGUUUCCAGGAGUUCAAGGACCUCCAGGUUUUCGAGGAGAUCAAGGACAUAAAGGAUCAAAAGGUGAACCAGGAUACGUGUAUCCAGAAGGGCCAAAGGGUGAGCGAGGAGAUCCAGGAGCCAGGGGAGACAAAGGAAGAAAAGGUUCAAGUGGAUUUCUGGGAAAACCUGGCUCUAAAGGAUCCAAGGGUUCUAAAGGUGAAGAGGGAUUGGCUGGUUCAAAAGGAAACAGAGGACUACCUGGAUUGCCUGGCAGUCCUGGUCUUCCUGGAGAGAUGGGGCUUCCUGGACUGCCAGGAUAUGGACCACAAGGAAUAAGAGGUUUCAAAGGCUCUAAAGGAAUACCUGGUCCACCUGGAUUACCUGGAGAAGUUGGUCUGAAAGGAGAGACCAGUAGGAUAACUCCAUUACCUGCGUUGCCAGGACCUCAAGGACCAGAUGGUUUACCUGGACCCCCAGGAGUGCCUGGUAGAGUUGGAGCAAGAGGUCAGCCAGGUGAUUCAGGACAUCCAGGGCCAACAGGUGACACAGGCUUUCCAGGGCUUGGAUUUCCUGGAAACCCAGGUCCAAAAGGAGAUAAAGGACUUGCAGGAGGCAGAGGGUCGCCAGGUUGUGAGGGAAAGAUUGGAGAUCCAGGCCGUGCUGGAAACCUAGGACAACCAGGAGAAAAGGGUGACCCAGGCAUGGUUAUUCCUGGAGAGCCAGGAGAUCGUGGCUCACCUGGAGUUCCUGGAGAUCCAGGUUUUCCAGGGAAACCUGCUGAAUGUCUUAUUGGCCUGCCAGGUUUACCAGGUGGCCAGGGAGCUACAGGUCCACCAGGAGGAAGAGGUUUGCAAGGUUCAAAAGGAAAACUAGGUCCUCCUGGCUUGAGUAUCCCUGGAAUCUAUGGAGAGCCUGGGGAACCUGGAUUAAUAGGUCUUCAGGGAAAUACAGGAUUACCUGGUCCCAAGGGACAGUCUGGAAGGCCAGGAAUCUCUGGUGUGCCAGGCUCAAGGGGAGAGCCAGGUAUAAUGGGCCUGUUAGGAACUCCUGGACCCCCUGGCAUGAUUGGAAGACCAGGCAACCCGGGCAUCAGAGGUUCUUCUGGCUUCCCAGGACUAAAGGGAAGAAAAGGAUUUCUUGGAGCAAAAGGUGAACCAGGUGAUAAAGGUUUCCCUGGACCAUCCGAGACCUUGGUUGGCAUUGGGACUAAAGGAGAACGAGGCUUAAAAGGAGUUCAAGGAAGAAUGGGUCUAAGAGGAGAAAAAGGAGAUGCCGGUGUGCAAGGUCCCCCAGGUCUUGAUGGGUCUGAAGGAAUACCUGGUCUACCAGGUGUCAAAGGAUUUAUGGGUCUUCCAGGGAUUCCUGGAGGACAAGGAUUCCCAGGGGCACCAGGAAACAAAGGGGACAUGGGAAUUCCAGGUCCAAAAGGUCAGAAGGGAUCACCAGGCUUUCCAGGACUAUCAGGUGACCCUGGUCCACCGGGUUAUGGUGGCUUUCCAGGUGACAAAGGAGACCCUGGGUACCCAUCUGCUGGGCCUCCAGGAGAACCUGGUCCAAAGGGAGAUCCAGGCCCCCCAGGAGUUUUGGGUAGCAAAGGAGAAAAAGGAUCCCAAGGUCAUCCAGGACAUAAAGGAGUACCAGGAUCACAUGGGAUCAGAGGGGAAAAUGGAGGUGCAGGAAUCCCAGGAAAGCUUGGACCUCCUGGAGACAUUGGUGUUAAAGGACGGCAGGGCCGCCCAGGACAGCAGGGCAUUACAGGCCCUCCUGGGGCUGUUGGAGACCCUGGAAAAAAUGGACUUGUUGGUGAAAGAGGUAAUCAAGGUCAGGAUGGUAUGCCUGGUCCCCAAGGAGUAAAGGGAGAACCAGGAACACCAGGGAGAGGAAUCCCUGGCCUUCGAGGUAUUCCUGGUCAUAGAGGAAUCAAAGGGAACAUGGGACUGCCUGGUUUUCCUGGGCCACCAGGUAUGAAAGGUCAUCAAGGUGAUCAAGGACCCGUUGGACCUCCUGGCUUAGUGGGGUUACCUGGAUUUCAAGGUGCAACAGGCAUGGCAAUCACUGGCCAAAAAGGGAAUAGAGGUUUUGCUGGUGCAAAUGGAAGACCAGGUGCUCCUGGUUUUCCAGGGCCUCCUGGUCUUCCCACUCCCAGCAUGAAAGGAAGCAAAGGUGUUAGAGGUGCAGAUGGCGUACCAGGGCCAACUGGCCCAGCUGGCGACAUUGGCCCUCCCGGUCCAAAAGGAAUAGAAGGUCGAUCAGGUUAUGCUGGUGCUAGAGGGGACCCUGGCUUUCUUGGAUUCCCAGGUGUAAAAGGAGAAAAGGGUAGUCAAGGACCCCCUGGACCACAAGGUGCAGAAGGGCCAAGGGGACCAAAGGGUCCACCUGGAGUCUCUGGGAGAAUAUUCUCUGUGCCAGGAAGCAAGGGUCCUCCUGGGCUGCCAGGAAUCCCCGGAACACCAGGUGAUCAAGGAAUUCAAGGGAUUCCUGGACUACAAGGACCUAAAGGAGUAAAAGGUCUCCCAGGAAGGUUUGGUCAUCCAGGUCAACCAGGACUGCCUGGUCCAAAAGGAGACAGGGGAUUUCCAGGACAAAGAGGACAACCUGGACUGAUUGGCUUUCCAGGUCUACCAGGGUUACCUGGAUCACCAGGUACUACCGUUGCUGGUCCAACAAGAAGAGGUUUUAUCUUCACCCGGCAUAGUCAAUCAACAAAAAUUCCUUCAUGCCCACAUGGGACAUCACAGAUCUAUGUUGGCUAUUCGCUGCUUUUUGUACAAGGAAAUGAACGAGCACAUGGACAAGAUCUUGGAACAGCUGGUAGCUGCUUGCAGAGAUUUACCACCAUGCCAUUCUUAUUCUGUAGCACCAGUAAUGUUUGUAGUUUUGCUUCUCGCAAUGACUAUUCAUACUGGCUGUCAACUGCUGCAGUAAUGCCAGUAGACAUGGCACCGAUUUCUGGCAGGGCACUAGAGCCCCAUAUAAGCAGGUGUGUUGUAUGCGAAGGAGCUGCAAUGGUAAUAGCAGUUCACAGCCAAACAACUGUAGUUCCUCCAUGUCCAGAAGGCUGGAUAUCUCUCUGGAAGGGUUUUUCUUUUGUUAUGUAUACAAGUGCCGGCUCAGAAGCUUCUGGCCAAGCAUUGGCAUCUCCUGGAUCUUGUCUGGAAGAAUUUCGAGCCAUCCCAUUCAUAGAGUGCCAUGGCAGGGGGACAUGCAACUACUACACAAAUUCCUACAGCUUUUGGUUGGCAUCAUUAAAUCCAAGAAGAAUGUUCAGGAGACCUCUUCCACAGACCUUGAAAGCAGGAGAACUAGAAAAUAUCAUCAGCCGUUGUCAGGUCUGCAUGAAGAGACCAGUCUAA